GUGCCUUUCUUACCGACCUGUCCCGCUGGGCUGCCGGCCAGAUGGCUCACAAGCAAAUAUACUAUUCGGACAAGUACUUCGAUGAACAUUACGAGUACCGGCAUGUCAUGUUGCCCAGAGAACUUUCCAAACAAGUACCCAAAACCCAUCUAAUGUCCGAAGAGGAGUGGAGGAGACUUGGUGUUCAACAAAGUCUAGGCUGGGUACAUUACAUGAUUCAUGAGCCAGAACCACAUAUUCUUCUCUUUAGACGACCGCUUCCAAAAGAACAACAAAAAUGAAGAUUAUAUAGGGAUGUUCAAUUAAAUCUUCAAGUUUAAUGUUUAUGUGUAUAUAUGGUGUAGUAUUCAGUGAAUACUUGAAAGAUGUACAAAUCUUCCGUCCACACCUGUGCAUGAGCUGUAUUCUCCACAGCAACAAAGCUCAGUUAAAUGUAACUGCAAAUAGAUUACUAUAAGGUGUUUAAGACACAAAUUUCCUUAGUUUUUUUGAGUAUAAGUAAAUUGCCUGUUGAAUUUUUACCUUGUUACUUUUGUUUAUAAUAAAGUUACUGUGUUUCAUUUGUUACUAUUGGAAGUUAA